CCCCGGGAGGCGGGCCCGGCCGCGCGCGGGCCAUGGAGGAGCGGGGCGGCCGCGCCGGCGGCUUCAGGAAGGACACCGUGGAUCGGCUUCUCCGCCUCCAUUUCCGGGACGGGAGGACCCGAGUUAACGCGGACGCGCAGCUGCUGAUGGCCGAGCUGCUGAAGGUCUUCGUGCGAGUGCCCUUCCCUUUCUUUCGUCGCCCUGCAGAAGCAGCGGCACGGGCAGCUCGGCAGGCCCAGGCAGAGGACCUGAACAAGGUGGAUAUUGAACAGCUGGAGAAAGUAUUGCCGCAGUUGCUUCUGGAUUUCUAGAGGCCUCCUGGAGCACAUGUCACCUGUCAGCAGACAGUCCUGGCCUGACACGUGUCUCAGCCUCAGAGACACUCUGGGACAAACAGUCUCAGCUUUUUCUUCCUCUGCCAUUUUGCUUCUGUUUCCUCUCUCCUUUACCAAGCACAAUACAGCCCAAAGCAACGAUGCUGUCAGAUACCAUUUUUGAAAAGAGGGUACCACAGGCUUAAUUUGUUCAGCUGAGUACAUAACUGGUUUCCAUCUUGCUGCCUUACUUCUGGUAACAGAGGCCUGUAUUUUACAACAUGGUAAGAAGCUGUUGCUUUCUCAGCUAAUGUGAGAAAGAGGUGCUGCUUCACAGAGAUGCAUGGAAAGACUUAAUGACUUAAUGGGAAUACCAUCCAGCCUUCGGGCUCUCAUUGCCUCAAGCAGGCAGCUGUAACAGCAGCUCCAGGUGCAGCUCCAAGCCUUCCUAAUGAAUAGGUCAUUAACAGGAGCUUACUCACAGGCUCUUGCCAAAAGCAGGUAACUGAUCUUUAUUUUAUAAAUAAACAGUGUCUGUUCCUCACUA